GUUCAUUAUUUGAGCUUUGAUAGUGACUUGUUGAAUCUAAAGAUGGAUCGUUGGGCAGGACAAGUAGCUAUAGUAACAGGGGUUAGCUCUGGAAUCGGUGCUUCUAUAGUAGACAAGUUGCUGGAUCAUAAUAUCAAGGUCGAUGCUGUGAGAGACUAUAAUCAUUUGUGCACCAUGAGCAAUAAACAGCAUUCAAUAUAUUUAUCCCAGUUGAAAGCAAUGUUGAAGAGGAAUAUUUUAUUGAAGAAACGAGAAAAACGGAAAACAAUUGCCGAAGUCCUUCUACCUCUGUAUUCAUUGGCAAUAUUAAUCAUUAUAAAAAUAAUGUUCCCAAACCCAAAUCUACCAAAAAUUGAUACCCCGAGAGGAGAAGCAGAAUUGUUGGCGAAUUUCGGUGAAUUACCAAGCCCAACAGUAGCAAUUGUUCCUAAUUCAACAGAAAUUCUGGAUUUCUUGGAUAAUAUCGAUAUUCUUUGGAAUCUCAGUAAGCCCAAAAGUUCCGAGAUAAAAUGGGUGAUUUUUAGUACAGAAGAAGACCUUAUUGCUGCAUAUUGGAGAAGAUCCAAGGAUAUUCCGAUUGCUGUAUUAUUUGAUAAUCCAAAUCCAAUAACUGGACCUCUUCGCUAUGAAAUCCGCACGAAUCCUUCGGUUCAUGGCAUUCCUACCACAACCAGUUUAUACAGUUCCCCUUUGACUUGUAGAGACACUAAGAGGAAGUGGUAUAGUAGUUAUGCGGGGGUGAUACCGGCAAUCGAAGGGGGUGAUAGCUGUCCGGUGAAUCAAUACUAUUUUUCUGGAUUUCUAGCUCUUCAAACCUUAUUGGACUACACUAAAAUGAGGAUGGACAAUAACGUAAACCUGACCGUGCCACAGAUACUUCUAGAAAUGUUUCCGAAAGGAGCCCAUACGGGAAAUUGGAUGGUUAUUAUUCGUACAGUUAUUCCCAUAUACAUGGUGAUGGCAUUAUCGCAAUUCAUCACGUAUUUGCUGAUUCUCAUAGUUGGAGAAAAAGAGAAUAAGAUUAAGGAAGGCAUGAAGAUUAUGGGUCUGAGAGAUUCAGUAUUUUGGCUCUCUUGGUUUAUUAUAUACGGAAUUUUCGUCAUUUUCCUGACAAUAAUAUGCUGCGUCCUACUCUUCACUCUGAAGGUUUUUGUGAAUACCAGCUUCUUACUUAUAUUCACUCUAGUAUUGCUUUACUGUCUCACAAUAAUAAUGUUUGGUUUUAUGAUCACACCAUUUUUCGAUAAAUCGAGGACAGCCGGUGUGCUAGGAAACUUUGCCGUUACUAUCAUGAGUUUAUUCUACUACAUCCAAGUGUUUCUUCACGACUCCAAUCCUUUGGCGUUAUGGUUCUUAUCUCUGAUCAGUCCAUCUGGAUUUGCGUUAGCCAUGGAUAAUGCACUAGUUAUGGAUCUUUCUGGAGAUGGAGUGAAUUUCAAUAAUCUCUGGUCGGGAUCAGGAAUGCCUUUCGGGGGAAGUCUCAUCAUGCUUGCUUUCGACUUAUUGUUAUAUGGGUUUCUUGCAUACUAUUUGGAUAGCGUCAUUCCAGGUGAAUAUGGCGUGAAGCAAUCUCCGUUCUUUUGUUUCAAGCCAUCUUUCUGGUGUGCUAUGAAAGAUAUACACAAAGUACCAUCGGUUUCAACUAAUAUUGAUGGAUCUCAUCAUUCUUUGAAUAACUAUGAUGGCACUUUAGAUGUGGAGCCUGUACCGAGAGAAAUGCGAGGCAGAGAAGCUAUCAAAAUAGUAGAUUUAUACAAAAGUUUUCAUAAUUGCAGGAAACCGGAAAUGAAAGCAAUCAAUGGAAUUAAUUUGACCAUCUAUGAGGGACACAUAACUGCCAUCUUGGGGCAUAAUGGAGCAGGAAAAACAACUUUAUUCAACAUCCUAACAGGGCUAACUGCUCCGACAGCGGGUACAGCACUCAUCUUCGGGCAUGACGUAAGGGACCCCAAAGAAAUGGAUGAAAUUCGCAGAAUGACAGGGGUAUGCCCGCAACAUGAUAUAUUAUUCGAUAAUCUAUCACCAAAAGAACAUUUAGAGUUUUUUGCAGCCGUUAAGGGAAUCCAUUCCUCUGACGUGGAGUUUGAGGUAAUGAAAACAUUGAGAGAUAUCGAUUUGACCGAUAAAGCAAAUGCGCCGGCAAAACAUUUGAGUGGUGGUCAAAAACGUAAACUGUCCGUCGGAAUUGCCGUUAUAGGGGAUCCGAAGAUCAUCAUCCUUGAUGAACCCACCGCGGGUGUUGAUCCCUAUUCGAGGAGACACAUGUGGUCAGUUCUACAGAACCGCAGACAUGGCAGAGUUAUUUUGCUAACUACACAUUUCAUGGAUGAGGCCGAUAUUUUGGCUGACAGGAAGGCAGUUGUUUCAAAAGGCAAUAUAAGGUGCUGUGGCAGCUCACUUUUUCUCAAGAAUAAAUUUGGAAUCGGCUAUCACCUCACCUUGGUGCUUGAGGGAAUUUGUAAAGAGCAGGCCAUCAAUCGAUUGGUGAAAACUCACGUUUCCAAGGCUGAAAAGGCCAGACGGCAUGGCAGAGAGCUGAGUUUCAUUUUACCUCAUAAUGCAGUGGAAAAGUUCGCGUCUCUCUUUUCAGCUAUAGAACAGGAGAUAAACAAUAAAACGAGUAAAUUGGGAAUAUCAAGUUAUGGAGUUUCAAUGACGACCCUUGAAGAAGUUUUUCUCCAUCUCGAAAGAGACGAAGAACCUGUUGACACAGUAGAUAAUUUAUCGAAGAGAAUUGUAAGGAACAGAGCACUUAGUCGAAGUUUAAGUUUACAGAGUAAGAGUACCAGUUAUCAAUCCUUACAGAAUGAAAGUCACAAUUCAUGUUCUGGUGACGGUACAGAUACUAUCGAUACAACUCAAAUGGGAGGACUAGAAAUCAUCAGUGAAACAAAAUCACCGAUUAUAGGCAUUGGAUUGGAAAAGAUAGAAUGUCGCUCAAAUUGUCUGCAAAGUUUUGCAGCACUUUUGCGGUUGAGAAUUUUACGAUUGAUUCGCGAUUUACAAAAAUUAUAUUUCGUGAUCCUAUUGCCCUUAGCUAUAGCUACUCUGGGACUUUAUUUCAACAGUACCCAGCGGGUUCCCACGAAAAUGCAUCCAUUAGCUUUGAACUCUAGUACUUAUGGGGAAACAUCGAUCGCUGUUCUUAAUGAACAAGAAGUCGAUUUGUAUAGUUUUUAUACGAAUUUGAAUAUGUUGGGAGUCACUUCCUUGACUAGUUAUGACGGAAAUUUUUCAUCGCUACUUUAUGCAGAACCACAUAUGGCGGCUCUGGUCAUCGAUGAAUUUCAGUACCUGAAAUAUAGUAUUACUGUGCUUUACAACGAUACCCAACAGCAUAGUCUACCUAUCAUCAUCAAUACCAUCAAUAAUGCCAUAUACAGGCUUAUUAAUAUUGAGGGUCACAACGAUACAAACUGGAGCCCAAUUACGGUUAGAGCCCAAUCGUUUCUUCAAAUCACUGAACCGGAUUUCAACUUUGGUUCGUAUACAGCAACUUUUACAAUGGGAAUGAUUUUUGCUCUCCUUCCAAUCAGUUUUGCAAUCGAUAUGGUUUACGACAGAGAAAUAAAAGCAAAAAAUCAGCUUCGUGUCAACGGUCUGUCCUUCUCGAUGUAUUUUGUAACUUAUUUCAUAGUAUUGGCAGCAGUCAUGGUGUUCAUUUGCGUUGCACUUGUAAUCAUCAUGCUCUUAUUUAAAACAACGUCUCUCACUUCCUGGCCCGCAUUGACCACAUUAGGGGUGUUAUUGUUUCUUUACUGCCCAUCCUCAAUACUGUUCAGUACUUGUGUCAGUUAUGUAUUUGAUAAGACUGACAAUGCACAAUCGAUUCUACCAAAUAUUGCAACGUUGUACGGUUGCAUACCAUUUGUUUUGGUCUCUAUCUCGGGUGUUGUUUCAGGUGGUAAAACCGCUUUUAUAUUACAUGUGAUAUUUUCUCUUUUCAAUUCCUUGUAUUUACCUUAUGGUAUUAUUUAUUAUGUCCAAAAAGUCGAUGUCAUGUGCAAACCAUAUUUUGGAUGUACUCAACUUACUUUAUCACAUUAUUUGACGGAUGAAAUCAUCGUGAUGUUUGUCAGCGUUCUCCUUCACAUACCGAUCUGGUAUUUUUUACUGCUCGUGAUCGAUGUCAAGAAAUCUGGUGGAAAACUGAAGGAUAUAUUCAAAAUGUCCAAGACUAAUCGCAAACCACCUGAGAAAGACGCAGAUGAUGAUAUGAAUUAUAUUGGAGAAUAUGAAGACCAAGAUGUUAAAGCCGAACGACAGAAAGUAAUGAAUUUGAUGCAAUGCCAUAUAGCCCAUCCUCCUGUAGUGAUGGUUGAGAAUCUACACAAAGAAUAUGUCAAACGAGAUUCGGGACUAUGCGAAUGUGGCAAAUCUGGAAAAGAAAGCGAAACAUCUAAAGUGGCAAUCAAUUCCCUAUCUCUAGCAGUCGAUGCAGGAGAAGUAUUCGGUCUUCUUGGACACAAUGGAGCAGGAAAAACAACUACGAUGAAAAUUAUCACAGCAGAAGAAGCCCCUACAGGAGGAAGGGUGAAAAUCGGCGGUGAGUGCAUCACCUCCAACGUGAACUCGGCAUUCCAAUUGCUGGGCUACUGUCCCCAACAUGAUGCCCUUUGGAAGAACAUAACUGUGCGCGAGCAUCUCCAAUGCUACGCCGCCAUUAGGGGAGUGCCGAGCAGACAUAUCCCCGGAAUAAUAGACAAAUAUUUGGACGGCCUGCAAAUACGCGAGCAUGCUGACAAGCAGACACAGCAUUGCUCCGGCGGUACCAGGAGGAAGCUGAGCUUCGCUAUGGCCAUGGUGGGUAGUCCUAAAGUGGUGCUUCUCGAUGAGCCCAGUACCGGGAUGGAUCCCAGGAGUAAACGUUUUCUAUGGGACACCAUUUUGGCGAGUUUUCAGGGGUCUAGAGGAGCUAUCCUCACAACUCAUUCGAUGGAAGAAGCAGAUGCUCUCUGUUCUAGAGUUGGUAUUAUGGUAAAGGGUGAGUUGAGAUGUCUUGGUUCGACGCAACAUCUGAAAAAUCUUUACGGAGCAGGGUAUACGUUAGAAAUGAAGUUGGGCGGAGAAGAUACCACCCCAACUUCCGAACACUGCGAUCGCCACAGUCGAUUGAGGGAGUUUGUGUUCUCCUUGUUUCCCGAUGCAACUUAUGUGGAGAGUUUCGCUGACAGAUUGGUAUUCAGUGUACCUCAACACAGUGUGCCAUCUUUAGCGAAUUGUUUUCUACAAUUAGAAAAAGCCAAGACUGAACUGGAUAUAGAAGAGUAUAGUUUCAGCCAAACGACAUUGGAGCAAGUUUUUCUCAAAUUUGCCCAUGAGGAUGAAGUGAAUGCAGAAUAGAAGUGAUGAUUAUAAUCCUGGAUAUUUUAUCUUCUCGUCCAAUUAAGUAUACUCAAUUUUAGUUGAAAUAUUUUAGUUCCAACAUUCCAUUCAUUUAAAAACGUCUUGUUUAAUGUUGCUUUUUGUGAUAUUGACUAGCCAAUUCGUGAAUAUUAAUUUCUGUAUGACAAUAUCCAGCCUACUAAUUGCCCAUUACAACAUUGAAUUCAACAAUAGUCAACAAAAUAUCAAGAUUUUGUUGAAAAUAUUCGAUGUUGAAACUCCAUCGUAAAAGAAAAUCGAGGAAAGUAUAAAAUAAGGCGCAAAAUUAUGCUUCUUAACAAUUCCGUAGAGGAAUUCAGGAAAGGGAAAUCAUAAUUCUGAAUUUACAUUCGACUUGUGCCUCAUAAGAAUUUGUAUAUAAUAUUGCUUGCAUUAAAAAGUUGCUAUUUU